UUGUUGUCUCGUGCUGCCGACUCGCCCAUCUUUAACCCUUUACCCGCCACCGUCUACGCCUCCACUCUUCGCUUUUUGCACGAGCAGUGCCGGAGGCCGAACCAAAAGACGCAGAACACCCAGACAAAGUUGGGGUUUGUCGCAAUCACGUGUCAUCAUCUUGUGAUUCUUCUUUACAAAUAGCUUCUCGUAGAAGGAACAUUGCAUUUGGUCCUCGGCGUCCACCCAAGGUCCCCUCCUUCUCCCCUAAAUCGUCGUUUAUUUUCUUCUUCCCCUUCCCCCCGGCCGGGUUGGCGGAGAGGGUUAGGGGGUUGUGCGAGAUGAGCUGGAGGAAGGAAAAUCAUCUUCCGCGGGUGAAGAUGAUUGCGGGAUGGCGGAGGUGAUGGAGGAGUCGUUGAGCUGAGAGAUCUGCUCGAUCCUCCAAGAAAAGUGGUUUCUGGAUCAGUUAUGACGAUCGCCUAUGGGAGUUGCUGAGCCAAAUCUUGCUUUGUGUUGCAAGAUUGCAUCGUGGUUCUCGAUGGGGCGUUCAGGUGAUGUGGUUUUGGUUUUGGUUUUGUCUUCAAGGGGUUGUGAUUAGCAUCGUAUCAUUGUGGCAUCAGCGGGCGGUAGUGUAGACUGGUUCAAGAAAUCGUAGGAAUGGAUUCGAUCUCAGAGGCAGGUCUUCGUGAGUGGCCGAGUUGCUGCGGGCUGCGCUGAGGAGAAACUCGUGUUUCUAAUGGACCGCCAUUGCCGGUUGGUUUACGGCUGGGUCACAGUUGCUCGAGGGUUUCUUUUCGGGUUGCUGUUGCGUUGGAGGGAUUCUGUGGUGGGAGGCUUGAGGUCCCUGGUUACCUUGGGUACAACAGCUCUAUUCAUCAUUUUGUGGAGUUGCUUCCUUUGCUCGACUUCUGUGACUUCGCUUGUUUAUGUGCUUCUUAGUCUGGGAGCUGCCGCUGCUGCAAUUCACUAUUUGGGCUUCACACCUGGGCUCUUGAUCGUUGGGUUUUAUGGCAUUUUGAUCAUGUGGAUGUAUGGCUAUGUUUGGAUAACAACAAUGCUAUUAAUAGUUGGAGGUUAUAUGUUUUCUCUGAAUCAUGCACGGUUCUUGAUUUUAAUGGCAACUGCUUAUGCAGUUUAUUGUGUCAAUGCUCAUGUUGGAUUGCGUGGAGUUCUUUUGUCAUUAAAUAUUUCUUUUAUUUCCAAUGACAUAUUGAAUAAGUUGCUACAAGGAUAUGAUGGUAAUGGUAAAGGCAUACAUGUUAAAGAGCAAAAGGAACCAGAACAGGUUAUAGAAGACUUUCCUUUUGACAGUGAAAUUUUCCCUCUGUCUAAAGAGACUGAAGACGUGACAUAUUCUAAAUCAUCUUGCGCAACACCCAAGGUAUCAAACAUGCCAAAUACUCAGAAGGAUGCUUCCUCUAGUAAGGUUAACAUAGUGGACUUGACUUCGUUCGUUGAGAUAGAAAGGAUAAUGAACAGCUCAAACCAUUAUGAAGUUCUGGGCUUUCUUAGGAAUAAGGAUGUUGAUCCUAAUAUAUUGAAGAAGGAAUACCAUAAAAAGGUCUUGCUUGUGCAUCCUGACAAAAAUAUGGGAAAUUCAUUAGCUUGUGAAUCGUUUAAAAAGCUUCGGUGUGCAUAUGAGGUUCUUUCAGAUUUCACAAAGAAGAAAAACUAUGAUGAACAAUUGAGGAAGGAAGAAUCUGGGAGAGUGUGUCACAGGUCUUCUGUAACAUCUCAACAGGGUGGGGUGGAGUACCGUUCCGAAGAAUCUAGGUGUAUUGAGUGCACAAAGUGUGGAAAUUCUCAUAUAUGGAUAUGCACUAAUAGAAGUAAAGCCAAGGCAAGGUGGUGUCAGGAUUGCUCCCAAUAUCAUCAAGCCAAAGACGGAGAUGGGUGGGUAGAAAGUGGGUGCUCACCAGUUGUUAUGCCACCUCAGAAGGUUGAAAUACCACGAGCUUUUGUAUGUGCAGAGAGCAAAAUAUUUGAUGUGUCCGAGUGGGCUUCUUGUCAGGGAAUGGAAUGUAGGCCUGACACUCAUCGGCCAACUUUUCAUGUGAACAUGGUUGGUUUGGACAACACAGGGCUGCGAUCCAAUUCCUCCAGAUAUCCUUGGGGAUUGGAUGCUGAGAUGAUUGAUUAGGAUGAUGAGUUUGAGCUGUGGCUUCAGCAGGCUUUAGCAUCUGGCAUAUUCUCGGAGACUCAGAAACGUAGAAAAAGCUGGCCGUUCAAG